AUGAGUACCCUGUGCCACCACUGUGACGACCAGAAGCUCUCAGACUAUGAGAGAACACACAGGCACCACUGGGAGUACUACGGCCACCACUGGGAGUACUACGGCCACCACUGGGAGUACUACGGCCACCGCUGGGAGUACUACGGCCACCACUGGGAGUACUACGGCCACCGCUGGGAGUACUACGGCCACCGCUGGGAGUACUACGGCCACCGCUGGGAGUACUACGGCCACCGCUGGGAGUACUACGGCCACCGCUGGGAGUACUACGGCCACCGCUGGGAGUACUACGGCCACCGCUGGGAGUACUACGGCCACCGCUGGGAGUACUACGGCCACCGCUGGGAGUACUACGGCCACCGCUGGGAGUACUACGGCCACCGCUGGGAGUACUACGGCCACCGCUGGGAGUACUACGGCCACCGCUGGGAGUACUACGGCCACCGCUGGGAGUACUACGGCCACCGCUGGGAGUACUACGGCCACCGCUGGGAGUACUACGGCCACCGCUGGGAGUACUACGGCCACCGCUGGGAGUACUACGGCCACCGCUGGGAGUACUACGGCCACCGCUGGGAGUACUACGGCCACCGCUGGGAGUACUACGGCCACCGCUGGGAGUACUACGGCCACCGCUGGGAGUACUACGGCCACCGCUGGGAGUACUACGGCCACCACUGGGAGUACUACGGCCACCACUGGGAGUACUACGGCCACCGCUGGGAGUACCACCACUGGGAGUACUACGCCACCGCUGGGAGUACACGGCCACUGGGAGUACUACGGCCACCACUGGGAGUACUACGGCCACCACUGGGAGUACUACGCCACCGCCACCACUGGGAGUACUACGGCCACCACUGGGAGUACUACGGCCACCACUGGGAGUACUACGGCCACCACUGGGAGUACUACGGCCACCACUGGGAGUACUACGGCCACCACUGGGAGUACUACGGCCACCACUGGGAGUACUACGGCCACCACUGGGAGUACUACGGCCACCACUGGGAGUACUACGGCCACCACUGGGAGUACUACGGCCACCGCUGGCUGCCACUAAGGAUCCUAAUUGGAGUUGAAAACAGAGUAACUGUGACAUUGAACACAACAAGCGAACAAUAA